AUGGAAGAGCCCGGCGUCCAGAAUGUGUCUGUCAAGAGGACAAUUUUUUCCGGUAAUACAAAUGGAUUUAGAAUAAAGUCAUGGGCUAGACACAGCACUGGAUUUGUCCAGGGAGUCCAAUUCAUUGGAGCAACUAUGAUUAAUGUCCAAAAUCCCAUCAUCAUCGAUCAAAACUACUGUCCUCACAAUUUAAAUUGCCCCAAUCAGGCAUCGGGCAUACAAAUAGGUGAUGUGAUAUAUCAAGGCAUUCGAGGAACAUCUGCCACACCAAUUCCGGAUGGUUCGCUCUUGGAUAUCUUACGAAAUGCCUAUGAUCUUCUUUCCCAUUAUGACAUGGAGCUUCCUCAGAUUGAAGAUCUGGAAGAAGCAUUUGACUCUGGCUUUAUAGGUAACAAUUGUUUGAUUGAGUCUUUGAACAUUUUUGCAGAACAUGGUACUGACAGGGCUGAGUUUCAAAAACUAUUUAAGAGAGUUGAGUACACCAUACGAGCUUGGUAUCUUCUGCAGUUUGAAGAUUUGAUGCAACUGUAUUCUCUCUUUGACCCUAUGUCUGGGGCUAAGAAAUUGGAGCAGCAGAACCUAUCUCCCACUGAAAUUGAUGUACUUGAACAGAAUUUCCUGACUUACUUAUUUCAGGUCAGGUGGGUGGGUGGGUUUGCACAUGCGCGCAAUAAAAACAAGUAA